AUGGGACUAACCAAUAUGUCUUUGAUGUCUCCAGACACUUUCUUUCUGAUGGGCAUCCCAGGACUAGAGCACCUACAUGCCUGGAUUGGGAUUCCCUUCUGUUCCAUGUAUGUGGUGGCAGUGGUGGGGAACGUGACCAUCCUGGCUGUGGUGAGGGCAGAGCGAAGCCUCCAUGAGCCAAUGUUCCUCUUCCUGUGCAUGCUCUCGGUCACUGACCUGGUGCUCUCUACAUCCACACUGCCCCGCAUGCUCUGUCUCUUCUGGCUUGGAGCCCAGGACAUUGCCUUUGAUGCUUGCCUGACUCAAAUGUUCUUCAUCCAUAGCUUUACUACCAUGGAAUCGGGCUUCUUCCUGGCCAUGGCCAUUGAUCGUUAUGUGGCCAUCUGUGAUCCUCUACGCCAUACUACUAUUCUCACCCACAGUCGCAUUGCCAAAAUGGGAGCUAUGGUAGUUUUCCGUGGAGUGGCCUUCUUUUCUCCACACCCCAUCCUGCUCAGACAGCUUCCCUACUGCAGAACACGAAUCAUUGCCCACACCUACUGUGAGUUCAUGGCUGUGGUGAAGCUGGCAUGUGUGGACACAGGAGCCACUAAGCGUUACAGCCUCAGUGUGGCCUCUGUCAUCGGCUCCUGUGACGGCUUUUUCAUUGCUGUGUCUUAUGUUCUAAUCCUCCGUGCAGUCUUUAGUCUUCCAUCACGAGAAGCAAGUCUUAAAGCUCUAGGCACAUGUGGCUCCCAUGUCUGUGUUAUCCUUGUUUUCUACUCCACAGCUGUAUUUACCUUCCUGACUCACCGCUUUGGCCACAAUGUGGCCCCCCAAAUUCACAUCUUCAUCGCCAAUAUGUACCUUCUGGUACCACCCUUUCUUAACCCCAUUGUUUAUGGUAUUAGGACCAAGAAAAUUCGUGACCAUGUCCUCAGUUCUCUAAGGGUAAAAGUUGCUUGA